UCAGGCAGGGGUAAAAAAAAAAGCUGCCUGCAUUCUUCCUACAACGCCGAAAGCCUCACAUAUACCAAUAAUAUCUUUAAGCCCCAAGAAGCAGACGCUUUUCUUCUCGGCUCGUCAUUGGGGUGAGGACAUCCGAGUCUGCAGUUGGGUCGAGACCGUUAUCGCCCGUCUUUCGAGUACUUGAUCUCUUGGAUAUCUCUUUGCUUUCUUAUUUGACACGUUCUCUUCCCUCUUUUUUAUCCGGCAAAUUUACAUUUUUCCUUCGUUUAGCAUUUCUUUCUCUUUUUCCUUCACCACAAUCGUUACCUUCCCUUAUAUAUAAUAUUGAUUUGUUUGAAUCACUUUCGUUCAUCAGCAUUCAUCUAUAUAUCCUGUGUUGAGAUUUUCCAGCUCCUGAAGGGGCUAUAGUUCACUCAGAUGGCCGCUUCACUAUGGAAAGGGCUCGCUGUCCUUUACUUUCUUCUUUGCACAGCUAUACCAGCAUUUGCAACUGUCACAAUCAAGGGUGUCCAAGAAGGUGUUAACCAGGGUACUGGCCAAAGGCCUGCCCGACAAAAUCUGGCGACUUGGGAGUUUUCUGGGCCGGCUUUCGAUCUUUAUAUACAAGCCCUCCACGAGUUCCAAUACACCGACCAAAAGGAACUUCGUAGCCACUACUCUAUCGCAAGUAAGUUGCCUCCACGAAUACAAACCAUCUUCUUUCAACCACUAAUGCAUUACAAUUAGGUGUUCAUGGAUUGCCGUAUGGACCAUGGGACGGGGGUGAGACCACUUCCCGACAGCAGGGAUAUUGCUUGCAUGACUCCACAUUGUUCCCUCUCUGGCACAGGCCUUACUUGGCUCUUCAUGAGGUUGGUAGACAUAAAUGAGGUAAAGGAGAACAUCGGAAUCCAUCAAUGCUAACACAUGGGUAUAAUUAGGAAAUGAUCUGGACACACGCUCAGAAAAUUGCCGCUUCUUAUCCUGAGAAAGACCGAGCCAAAUACGUCACUGCUGCAAAGACCCUCCGGAUUCCAUACUGGGAUUGGGCGAGCAACCCCGAUAUUCCGCGCUCUAUGACUACAUCCAAAAUUAAUGUAAACACUCCUACCGGCAUGCAGAGCAUCGACAACCCUCUGUAUCAGUACAAGUUUGACCCCUCUGUACAAAAGGGGUUCCCAGAAGGGGAUUCGGUAAGUUUGAUAAUAGUUACCAAAUUGUUUCAAGGGCUUCUGGCUGACUUUGUUAAAUUCAAUUACAGUUUACAUCCAACCCCCAUUCUACUCGAUUCCCCGACGCAAACGGUGAAUCUCAAAAUGACCGAGCCACCAGGGCAAUGAGAUCAAAUGGCGCAUCGUAAGGCCCUCCCAUUGAAAUACCUUCGUCAUAUUAUCCUGGUCCCAGAAACUAACCGUCAUAUCAUUCCCAUCUAGCCUCCGAUCAAGCAUCUACCAACUCCUAAGCAGUGAAUCGGAUUACAGCACCUUUUCAACCCAGGCAUUGCCAGACCGUAGCGGAUAUAACAAUGUCGAAACUGUGCACGGCUAUGUCCACGGCCUGGUUGGUGGUCAAGGCCAUAUGACUUAUAUCCCAUGGUCUUCUUAUGAUCCCAUUUUCUGGCUUCACCAUGCGUGAGUCCGCCCGUAUAAAAUGACAUUUGACUGAAAUUCAAGGCUAACACUUGAUAGUAAUGUUGAUCGACUUAUCGCCCUCUGGCAAGCCAUCUAUCCCGAUUCAUAUGUCGCACAAGUACCCAACGGCGGAGGCGCGUAUAUGACCGAGCGAGGAACUGUGGAAGAUGGAAACACACGUAAGUACCGUAACUACAGGUAACAAUUUUCGUGGCGCAUAGCGCUAACUUUACAAUACAAAUAGCUCUGUACCCAUUCCAUGCUGAUGAAAACACAUUCUACACUGCCAACACUGCACGGUACACCAAGACUUUCGGGUAUACCUAUCCCGAAAUUGAAGACUGGGGUGUCAGCAAGGCCGAUCUCCAGAAGAAUGUUCGACGACGUGUUAACGAACUAUAUAAUAAUCCUUCCAAACAAGCCACGAAGCGUGCCACCGUCCAUCGUCGUGCACAGAGAUACGAUUCGUACAUUCAAGGCAGCAACAAAAGCCAAUCGCCAACUACCACGGAAGCCCGCCUUGAAGCUGUACUGGACGAUACGUUCGAUAUAGUUGAAGCCAUUGGAGAUUCGAUCAGUCAAAGUUUGGAUCGAUUUGACGAAUGGGGUGUCAACAACAUGAAGAAGCAGUGGGUUAUUAAAGUCAGAGUUAACAAGUAAGUCUAUAAGGAAACACUGUAUCAGAUCUGCAGAUUGAAGGAAACUGACGCCUAAACCCAAAUUAGGAGUGCUGUGAGCAAGCCCUUUAGCAUCCACUUCUUCAUGGGAAACCCACCAAAGGACUCGAAUACCUGGCGUUAUGCGCCCAACCUGAUCGGCUCAUAUGGAACAUUCGUUCACGGAAUGGGUAUGCCAAACCCUAGCAUGGUUGGUGGAGAGGUGCCGCUUUCGCCAGCCCUUGCUGCUCUUCUGUCUACUAGCACUAUUCUUGGCUUGGAUGACACCGUGGUCGUACCCGUUCUCAGUAAAUUCCUCACUUGGAAGAUUCAGGAUCAAGAUGGGAAGGUCAUUCCCACUGAGGACGUUGCUAAGUCCAAUGGUGGUAAAGGACUGGAGAUCCGCAUUGCUAAGCGUGAUGUUCAGCCCUUGACUAAGGGUGACCUUGAUAACUUCCCGCAGUUCGGAGAGUGGGAGAUGUAUGAUAGCAUUACCAAGGGGAAGGUAGGCGGCUAUUGACGCUGGAACCAUGAACUAGCCAGAACGAUGCUCUAGCGUUGAAUUGAUACCAGAAUGCUUUACCCCUCUUACCCCGUUUCUAUCAGCUCCCCUUUCCUACCCCUGA